AAUCCCCCUCGCCGCUCCUGUCGGGACGCCCCAACCCCCCAACCCUAGCCCUAAGCCCGACGAGGGGGGCCUCUUACCGCCGCGACGAUGUCGACCAUCGCCGCCUCCCGCCGCGCCUCCUCCUCCACCGCCAAGCGCCCCGCCAUGGCCGAGAGCGCCAAGGCGGCGGGCGCCGCCGCCGCGCAGGCCAAGAAGCGCGUCGCGCUCGGAAACAUCACCAACGUCGCCGCGCAAGGGGGCAGGGCCGCCGGGAAGGUCGCGCCACCGCCGGGCAGCGCGAAGUUGAAUUCAGCUACCUCAGCUGCACCCUUGAAGAAGCCAUCUUUGGCAAGUGCUCGCAGUGUCAGCUCCGUUCGGGGUCCUGCUUUGAAAUCAGCUUCAAUCAAGCCAGCUCCGCCCUUUUCUCGCCAUGACAGCACAACGCAGAAGCAUAGUGUUCCUCCUCCUAAAGUGCCUACCGAGGCGCCCAGUCGCAUACCUGCUUUGGUUCCCUGCAACACCUUUGUGUCUCCUGGACGCUCAGGAGACUCGGUUUCUGUCGAUGAGACGAUGUCGACUUGUGACUCCAUGAAAAGCCCAGACUUUGAGUACAUAGACAAUGAGGACUCCUCAAUGCUCGCCUCAUUGCAGCGACGCGCAAAUGAACACCUACGUAUCUCAGAUGACAGAGAUGUUGAAGAAAAUAAGUGGAAGAAAAAUGCCCCUGCCCCAAUGGAAAUUGACCGCAUUUGUGAUGUUGACAAUGACUUAGAGGAUCCACAGUUGUGCGCUACUCUGGCUUCUGACAUUUACAUGCAUCUGCGAGAGGCUGAGACAAAGAAAAGACCAUCUACUGAUUUCAUGGAAAUAAUUCAAAAGGAUGUCAACCCAAGCAUGAGGGCGAUUUUGAUAGACUGGCUUGUUGAAGUUGCGGAAGAAUAUCGUCUUGUCCCCGAUACUCUGUACCUGACAGUUAACUACAUUGACCGUUAUCUUUCUGGCAAUGAAAUCAACCGCCAAAGGCUGCAAUUACUUGGUGUUGCUUGCAUGCUUAUAGCUGCAAAAUAUGAGGAGAUAUGUGCACCACAAGUAGAAGAAUUCUGCUACAUAACUGACAACACUUACUUCAGAGAUGAGGUUUUGGAAAUGGAAGCUUCUGUACUGAAUUACUUGAAGUUUGAAAUGACUGCACCAACAGCGAAAUGCUUUUUGAGGAGAUUUGCCCGUGCUGCACAAGCGUGUGAUGAGGAUCCAGCUUUGCAUCUGGAGUUCCUGGCCAAUUACAUCGCUGAGCUAUCACUCCUGGAGUACAGCCUACUCUCAUACCCUCCGUCGCUAAUAGCUGCCUCAGCUAUUUUCUUGGCAAAGUUUGUACUCCAGCCAGCAAAGUAUCCUUGGAAUUCUACCCUUGCUCACUACACACAAUACAAGCCGUCAGAAUUGUGCGAUUGUGUAAAGGCAUUGCACCGCCUAUUCAGUGUUGGUCCCGGGAGCAACCUUCCUGCGAUCAGAGAAAAGUACAGUCAACAUAAGUACAAAUUUGUUGCAAAGAAGCAGUGUCCAACAUCGAUUCCCACCGAAUUCUUCCGAGACGGGGCAUGCUAGACUUAGAAGAAGCCCAGGAGUAGUUACAGUUGCUUACUGAAUUCGUGCUCUUGUGGCUGAAAUGCCCAGUAGCACCCGCACUGACUGUGCAGGUGGUUGGUUGAUGCAGGACCUUGCUGAUACCCCCCUGUUGUUUCAGGGGAUUAGAAGAGUGUAGAUUCUAGAUCGAUGCUUUGAAGUUUGUGGCCAUGUUAGGGCAUUGGUGUGGUUCUCCCUGUAUUCCUCUCCUGCUUCCUGUUGUAAUCUUCCUGUAUCUAGGCCCAUGUUUGCAGGCGCAUGUAAAUUGGAGUUCUGUAGAAGUAGAUCAUAACAUCUCGUUUGCAAUGUCAUAUACUGACUGGAGCGGCAGUCACUUGAAGAAUGGCCUCACAUGUUGCAUGAUGCA